ACCUCGGCCGCGGGGUCCCGCCCCUGGCCCCUGGCCCGCCCCGCCCGCCUCGCUCGCCUCGCUUUGCUUCUCGCUCCGCCCCUCGCCCGCCCCGCCUCGCUUCCAGCGCGCCGAGCGGAGCCGAACGCCGGGUCCUCCAGGAACCUCGAGCCGGGCCGAGCGGGGCCGGGCAGCACCCGCGGGGUUCUACUGGCGUCCUCCGCUGCCAUGAAGCGGGACCGGCUGGGCCGCUUCCUGUCCCCUGGGGCGGCCCGGCAGCGCGGAGCCUCGGGCGGCGGCGGCGGCCGUGCUCGGGGCCGCCCUUCCCUCAGCGGCGGGUCAAGGGUGGACGGGGCGACGGCGCGGCGCGCCUGGGGCCCGGUUGGGCACUGCGGGGACGCGGGCGAGGACGGCGUGGACGAGGCAGGAGCAGGCCGGGCUCUCGCCAUGGGUCACUGUCGCCUCUGCCACGGGAAGUUUUCCUCGAGAAGCCUGCGCGGCAUCUCUGAGAGGGCGCCUGGAGCGAGCAUGGAGAGGCCGUCGGCAGAGGAGCGCGUGCUCGUCAGGGACUUCCAGCGCCUGCUGGGGGUGGCUGUCCGCCAGGACCCCGCCUUAUCUCAGUUUGUCUGCAAGAGCUGCCACGCCCAGUUCUACCAGUGCCACAGCCUCCUCAGGUCCUUCCUGCAGAGGGUCAACGUCUCCCCGACGGGUCGCCGGAAGCCUUGUGCAAAGGUCGGUGCCCAGCCCCCAACAGGGGCAGAGGAGGGAGCGUGUCUGGUGGAUCUGAUCACAUCAAGCCCCCAGUGCCUGCACGGCUUGGUGGGAUGGGUGCACGGACACGCGGCCAGCUGCAGGGCCCUGCCCCGCCUUCAGAGGACACUGUCCUCUGAGUACUGCGGCGUCAUCCAGGCCGUGUGGGGCUGCGACCAGGGCCACGACUACACCAUGGACACCAGCUCCAGCUGCAAAGCCUUCUUGCUGGACAGUGCGUUGGCGGUCAAGUGGCCAUGGGACAAGGAGACGGUGCCACGGCUGCCCCAGCACCGAGGGUGGAACCCUGGGGACGCCCCUCAGACCUCCCAGGGUAAAGGGACAGGGACCCCAGUUGGGGCUGAGACCAAGAUUCUGCCCAGCACGGAUGAGGCCCAGCCUCCUUCGGACAGCGACGCGGUGGGGCCCAGGUCGGGCUUCCCACCUCAGCCAAGCCUGCCCCUCUCCGGGGCCCCAGGGCAGUUGGGUGAGAAGCAGGUCCCAUCUUCAACCUCGGAUGAUCGGGUAAAAGACGAGUUCAGUGACCUUUCUGAGGGAGACGUCUUGAGUGAAGACGAAAAUGACAAGAAGCAAAACGCCCAGUCUUCGGAUGAGUCCUUUGAGCCUUACCCAGAAAGGAAGGUCUCUGGUAAGAAGAGUGAAAGCAAAGAAGCCAAGAAGUCUGAAGAACCAAGAAUUCGGAAGAAGCCGGGACCCAAGCCCGGAUGGAAGAAGCAGCUUCGUUGUGAGAGGGAGGAGCUUCCCACCAUCUACAAGUGUCCUUACCAGGGCUGCACAGCCGUGUACCGAGGCGCUGACGGCAUGAAGAAGCACAUCAAGGAGCACCACGAGGAGGUCCGGGAGCGGCCCUGCCCCCACCCUGGCUGCAACAAGGUUUUCAUGAUCGACCGCUACCUGCAGCGGCACGUGAAGCUCAUCCACACAGAGGUGCGGAACUACAUCUGUGACGAGUGUGGACAAACCUUCAAGCAGCGGAAGCACCUUCUCGUCCACCAAAUGCGACAUUCAGGAGCGAAGCCUUUGCAGUGUGAGGUCUGUGGGUUCCAGUGCAGGCAGCGGGCGUCCCUCAAGUACCACAUGACCAAACACAAGGCUGAGACUGAGCUGGACUUUGCCUGUGACCAGUGUGGCCGGCGGUUCGAGAAGGCCCACAACCUCAACGUACACAUGUCCAUGGUGCACCCGUUGACACAGACCCAGGACAAGGCCCUGCCCCUGGAGGCAGAGCCACCACCCGGGCCACCGAGCCCCUCUGUGACCACAGAGGACCAGGCGGUGAAGCCAGAACCCACCUGAGGACGGCAGUGGGGAUGAGCACCUCUAGCAGCCUGGACGCUGCAAUGGCCGUGUCAGCCUCACCCUUCGUGCGCACCUGCAUGGGAGGCUGGGGGUGCUGCCCGCCCUUGGUGUACAGCUCAAGUAGCCUCCUCUGCUCUGGGACCAGCGGUUUAUUUUCCUACAAACACUGAGUGACUUGGGGCCAGACAGUUUAUAAACAAUUGAUUCCUUUUCCCCACUAAAGCAAUCGAGGAGAUUUGUAAUCCACUUUUUAGUGCAACAGGAGCUCCGUGUUAUGCUUGUAAUAAAUUAUUUACAAAGGA